AUUUUGCGUGCUCUGCCUUGCCCUCUUCUCAAUCUCCGCUCUUGUAACACCUGCACCAAGCGUUCCACAAUGCCGUCUGCUACAAGCAUCGCAUCUUUCACGCGACAGUUCCGUGUCUUGGUCGUCGGGGGCUCAUACGGUGGCUUGACCGCAGCCCUGACGUUGCUUGACCUAUCUCGCGGUCGAGUAGCCCGUUUCAACUCGACUCCAGAUGCACAGCCGCCGCAGAGACAGCUUCCCAUCCAAAUAACUGUCGUGGAUGAACGUGACGGUUUCUAUCACUUAAUUGGAUCUCCUAGAGCCUUGGCAUCUGAAAAUUAUGCAUCGAAGACCUGGACAAAGUUCGAGGACAUUCCGGCCUUGAGGUCCCCGGAUAUUCGAUUUCUGCGCGGUAGUGUGAACUCCGUUGACUGCCAAAGCAAAGUGGCCCGUAUCCUUGACGCCCACACCAAAGAAACACGAAAGGAGAAAUACGACUUCCUGAUUGCUAGUUCAGGACUGCGACGUGUCUUCCCAACCGUCCCCAAAUCUCUUCGCAGGGAUGAGUUUGUGGAAGAAGCCAAGAAGCACGUAGGUGAUAUCCACAAUGCCCAGGAUGGAAUUGUGGUUAUCGGAGGGGGCGCUGUUGGUGUUGAAAUGGCAACUGAGCUCAGACUUCUUCAUCCCAACCGCAAUGUCACGUUGAUCCACUCUCGUGAUCGUGUACUUUCAGCAGAACCUUUGCCGGCUGAAUUCCAGGAGCGUGUGGGAUCCAUUCUGCGUGAAGCAGGCGUGAAGCUCAUUUUUGGACAACGAGUCCGCGACAUCACAGCUAUCGAGACCGAGGGAGAGCGACGUCUCUGGAAACUUGAGCUGGCUGAUGGAAGGACCAUCUAUGCAGGCCAUGUCAUGAACGCCGUUUCCAACUCUGUUCCCACAACGUCGUACCUACCAGAAGAGGCCCUAACUGAGGAAGGCUACGUCAAGAUCCGCCCAUCCACGCAAUUCCCCAAGAACCUGCAGAACGCCGAUUCCCAUUUUGCCGUCGGUGAUAUGGUUUCCUGGUCAGGAAUCAAACGUUGCGGGGCUGCAAUGCAUAUGGGCUAUCACGCAGCAGUCAAUGCUCAUCAGCUCAUGCUGUCGGAGGAUUCGAACUACAAGCCUGAGUUUAUUAACCUCCAGGAGGUACCUCCCGUCAUGGCGCUCUCCAUGGGCAAGACAGCAGUCACAUAUACCCCGGAUUCGGGAACGAAGGAUGGAGAAGAUGUCCAUGACGUUAUGUUCGGCGAGGAUAUGGGUUAUAGCAUUUGCUGGAACUAUAUGAGAAUGUCUGAACCUUGUCAGGCAUAAUGCACCCACACAUGACGCUUCACUUCAAUCCGACAGAUCGGGUAUCUGUCGCCUUUUUGCGAUUGAGAGUCUAUUCAGACUUUUCGUCACUAUCUCAUACUGUUAGGCAUACACAGUUUGCUGGCUAACUGGCACUGCCUAGUCGGCGGUUAUUGUGGGACCGGGCUCUGGCGUUUGGACUUUGACUCUUUGGAUAUUCAUGAAUUGUCUGACAUGACUCGUACUAUAAUUCGACCUGGGUAUCCUUGCUUAAAAUGUAACUGUAUAUGAAACAUCACGAAAGCUGUUGUAUGUGUGGUGCGAUGAAGAUAAG